UCAGCUGAUGGAGCACAUCAGGUGCUGUUUGCUCUGGAUUUCUUUCUUCUGCCUGACUGAACCGUGCCGCUUAUCCGCCCUCCUACCCCGGCGGGUGGCGAUGGCCCGGAUCCAUCACUAACAAGUCGAUCACAUGAGCUUCCCUGCAGCCCGAGGUUCAACGUAGGUGACUUCCGUGUGUGUGUGUGUGUGUGUGUGUGUGUGUGUGUGUGUGUGUGUGUGUGUGUGUGAGAGAGAGAGAGAGAGAGAGAGAGAGAGAGAGAGAGAGAGAGAGAGAAAUAGUUUGUGUGUGUGUGUGUGUGUGUGUCGGUUCUCCUCCUGGUGUCACUGUGAAGCUGCAGUGGAGGGUUGACAGCCUGUUGCUAUAAUUUCAAUAGUUAAAAGUGUAUCCGGACUAAAGAGAUGGCUCUCCUGAUGGAGCAUCAGUUCAGACAGCUGCCAGCUGACAGACAGGUGGAAACAAGACCGUUUCUUGAAGCUGUGUCAUACCUUCCACCAUUCUUUGAUUGCCUGGGCUCUACUAUUUAUGCACCGAUUAAGGCUGACAUAUCGGGUAACAUCACAAAAAUCAAGGCAGUUUAUGAUAGCAACCCUGGACGGUUCAAGACGCUCCAGCAGAUUUUGGAGGCAGAGAAGGAAAUGCAUGGAGGAGAGUGGCCCAAAGUUGGAGCAACUUUGGCACUUAUGUGGCUAAAAAGGGGUCUAAAAUUUAUCCAAGUCUUCCUUCAGAGCCUGGUGGAUGGCGAAAAGGAUGAGAAUAACCCAAACCUUAUUCGAGUCAAUGUCACCAAAGCCUAUGAAAUAGCACUCAAAAGAUAUCACGGCUGGUUUGUGCAACAACUGUUCAAGGCAGCUCUUUUUGCUGCUCCAUACAAGUCUGACUUCCUGAGAGCCCUCUCCAAGGGUCGGGAUGUCAAGGAAGAGGAAUGCUUGGAAAAAAUCAGAAAAUUCCUCAUCAACUUCUCUGCAACUGUUGAUGCUGUGUAUGAGAUAUACACUAAGAUGAAUGCUGAUCUAGACUACACAGUGUGACUGCAGGACUGCCCUGUGUUUUCCUCAAGUGAGUCACCCAGUCAUUAAGUCACUUCUGUUCGGCACUUCUGCAGUCUGCAUGUUGAAAUGACUAUUUCAGGUUAUCUAACAGCUGACUGUGCCAGAGCAUAAUAUUCACUUUUGGCUUUGCCGGUAAAACUUUCCCUCAGAGUUUGAUUCUGGGGCAAGACAUCCAAAGAUGUUUUUUUGUUUUUUUUUUAAUUGAUUUUAUUUCUUUACUCUGUGUUUGAACAGUCAUCCAUUCAAAUUUUAAAUUAUUGUCAAGUAUUUAUGUGCAUUCUCACAAGUAGAAAUGUGUUACAGUCAUACCAAAAAUCAAAGUUUAACUGAAACCAGAAAGAACCAAGCAAAAAGCACUCUGAGUAAAUGUGUGAGAUAUGAUGCUGACAUAUUUAAUCAACUAAUACCAAGUAAACACAAAAUAUAUGACUAAUCUUUAAUGAAAUAUCUAUAU